AUGGGGAUGACCUCACAAAGGGACUUAGAAGGCCACGAUGACAAACUUGAACUUCCUCAAGGGUCAGUGGAGAGCCACCUAUGUAACUGUGAAUCGGAACUGCCCACCCUGCAUUUGAUCAGGUGUGGAGAGCAGGCUCUUAUGCCUCCCCCGCUCUUAUCUCACCGUGGGGCCCAGGGCCUGUCCUUCCUGCCCCAGAUCUCAGCCUCCUCCACGUCCAGGCCUCUUCAUCUAGAAAAUGAGGCCCUGGGACAAAAGGCUCCUCCAGCUCUGAGAUGCUCCUGUCCUGGGACAUUCUCUUUCAUUAGUUAUCUAAUCGAUUGCAUAACAUUUUCCGAGCACAGAUCUGACGGCGGGCAGGCAUUUUACGAGGAGACAGGGAUCCCAGCGCUGUCCUGCAGGAGCUCACAGUGUGCUGGGGGGCAGAUCUUUGGAGUUGGACCCACAGCACAAAGCAGACCUUGA